AUGAAUCAACAUUCCGGUUCGGCAACCCUCCCACGGGGUUUCAGGUUUGAGAUGCCCAGGACACCGGAGCCCUUCGCAGAAAACGAUGAGGCUCAAAUCCCUUCGCCACCAAAACCACGUCUAAGGUUGGUCAAGAGGCGCGUUGUCUCUCAACUCACGGCACCUACUCAGCAGUUUCUCGCUUCUGUGGCUGCCGCCGACGUUCCAAUUCCUAGCAUUGAGGAGCCAGAGACGAGUUCGCACGACUUCGCCAUGGGGAACGCUGACUCUUUCCCCGCGAGAAUGCGCCACGAGGAGAUGGAUGCGAGCUUUUUGCAGCCCAUCGGGCGAACAUACGAGCUCCCAAAGACGCCAGCACCCGACUUCAUCCCGUGCUUAUCGCCAGGGCAGUACCCCAACUGGACCCUUGACUCGACUGCCAGCAGCGUCGAGUCGACACCAGAGCCAGACUAUGAAUCCAGCAGACCUUCGACGGCUAGGUCAACAUUGACUAGCGCAUCCUUGUUCAGCCGCUUUUCCAUGCUUUCAGAUGACGACAAUUGCGCCAGCCCUCUACUAGAAAGCAAAGAGCACUAUCACCAAGAAGAACCCGAGCUUCCGCCGGCAGCUCAGCCAUCCGCAGCAGCUGGUAAAGCCAAGGCCAGGAAGGCUCCCUGGACCAAGGCGAUGAGCGACCAUUUGUGGUCAACGUUUAUCCUGUAUCUCCAGGACCCCAAGGUGACACCUUUCCGGAUGGGCAAGAGCUGCCUCCCACCUGACGGUGUCUGCCUUCGCGUGGCGCGCGAAGCAAAGAGAAGUUGGAAGGGCGCCAAAGCUUUGACGAAGAAGACCAACGUGAGCGAUGGAAGGAAGAGUGGGAGCACUACACCCACCGCCGAGAACAGCAGCACAUUUAUCCAGUGGCCUCACACUUGCGCCGCGACCCGAGUUCACCUGCGUGAGCUGUGCAGGCAGAAAGCUGCGGCGGGCGCAAAGAACCCACGCUUCCUCCCUCGCAGCACGACCCCUUUUGCGCAAGCUGCUGCGCGUCACUCCAACAUGCGCCCGGCGCCGGCGCAUGAGCCUCUUCAAUUCGCCACCCAGGACAUGUCUCUGUCUCUUGCCUUGAGCACAGCAGAAAGCAUGCAACCCACUGGUCCCCUGGCGCAACUCACGGGCUCAACCCCUGAGCCUGUGGAGGAGCAAUCUAAUGCUACUGAGCCCUUCCCACUGGCACCGGCUUUUGACAUGCCGAUUAUCAGCCCAAAUAUCGAGACUUUCGAGGGCGGGCCUGGUUUCGCCGAGCGCCAACGUUUGGGAUCCCCCUUUGGCGCGAAGAGCUAUGGACCCAGCUCCUCGGGAUCGCUUGCCACCGUGCUUGGCUUGAGUGGACCAAUGCCUCGCAGACAGAGCCAGACACUUGGCUCUCGCCGCACACUCCAGUCACCAGUACGAAUGAGCAGGUCGGGUACUCAAAAGCGACGUCACACCCAAUCCAGCGUUCCUCGCGUACGACCUAGCAUCGGCGCUGAUCUGUGGCUCGACCCCAACUUCAGCAUGAACUCCACGGGCGACGCUCGUGCCGACCGGGAAUUCUGUUCCACAGCGUCGAGCCACCACGAUGAGCUGUUCAUCCCAAGGAUACCUCCGGUACCUACCCUGAGCUCGUCCACUAGCAUGCCCAACGUGGGAGGCCAGUUGUUGGAACCUCCAGCUCUCCAGCCUCCCCGUCUUGGCUCUCCAUUCAAGGGUCACCGAGCGACCCGCUCGAGCUUCAGCUUCCCCAGCAGAAUGCACCGGGCGCAAAGCGGCAGUGUCGACCUCGGCAUGCUUGGGCGACCAUUUGCCACUAUCCAACAGCCCUCGACCGAGUCGAGUACCUCUCCCGUACGAUCCAAUCUUGCCGGCCGCCUGGCUUACCUUGACCAGCGCCUCAAGGAGAUUCGGCAGAGGGAAGCGAACCGUCGAUCUCAGUCACCGUUGUAG